GCUUUGUUUCUCCUUCGUGGAGCUGUGCAUCAGUGACCAAAAGAAAUCAUCUCUUCUAAGUCAUACUGUGGAGCUGUACUAGUGAGUUCAAUAGAAGUCACCUCUUCUGUGUCCUGCUCUCUUCCUGCAGAUCUUUCAGUGGAAGCCAAGCCAUGGCCGGAACAGCAUCGAUCGCAUACCAGAACACAUCUACGUCACCAGACUGGCUAAACAAAGGCGACAACGCAUGGCAGAUGACGUCCGCAACCUUCGUCGGCCUUCAGAGCAUGCCAGGGCUGGUGAUCCUGUACGGCAGCAUUGUCAAGAAGAAGUGGGCGGUCAACUCCGCCUUCAUGGCGUUGUAUGCCUUUGCUGCUGUCUGGUUAUGCUGGGUCAUCUGGGCAUACAAUAUGUCGUUUGGCGACCGGCUCCUGCCCUUCUGGGGAAAGGCAAGGCCAGCGCUUGUGCAAAGCUUCCUGGUGGCGCGGUCAGAGCUCCCCGCCACUGCCUCUGUGCACUACCAUGAUGGAUCACUUGAGGUGCACAUGCUCAGGCCGUUCUAUCCAGCUGCCACUAUGGUGUACUUCCAGUGCAUGUUUGCUAGCAUCACCAUCGUCAUCCUUGCCGGCUCACUACUUGGGCGCAUGAACAUCAAGGCCUGGAUGGCCUUUGUGCCGCUCUGGAUUACCUUCUCCUACACAGUCUGCGCCUUCUCGCUCUGGGGCGGUGGCUUCCUCUUCAUGUGGGGUGUCAUAGACUACUCUGGUGGCUAUGUCAUCCACCUCUCUUCUGGUAUCGCCGGCAUUACUGCGGCCUAUUGGGUAGGGCCAAGGUCAGCAGCAGACAAGGAGCGGUUCCCCCCAAACAAUAUACUCCUGGUGCUAGCAGGGGCAGGGCUGCUGUGGCUUGGAUGGUCAGGCUUCAAUGGCGGGGCCCCGUACUCGGCCAAUAUUGAUUCAUCCAUGGCAGUGCUCAACACACAUAUCUGUGCAUCCACCAGCUUACUCAUAUGGACGCUCCUCGAUGUCUUCUUCUUUGGGAAGCCAUCAGUGAUUGGUGCAGUGCAGGGCAUGAUCACCAGCCUUGUAUGCAUCACACCUGGUGCAGGCCUGGUGCAAUGUUGGGCAGCUGUUGUGAUGGGUAUUCUCUCCGGUAGCAUUCCCUGGUACACAAUGAUGGUGUUGCACAAGAAGUGGUCUUUCAUGCAGAGGAUUGAUGACACGCUUGGCGUCUUCCACACCCACGCCGUGGCUGGGUUCCUUGGUGGUGCUACCACUGGACUCUUCGCAGAGCCCACCCUUUGCAGCCUCUUCCUCUCCAUUCCAGACUCCGGAGGAGCUGUUUAUGGUGGUGACGGUGGAUCACAGUUUGGGAAGCAGAUUGCUGGUGCAGUCUUUGUCAUUGCCUGGAACGUUGUUAUCACUUCCAUCAUCUGUAUCCUCAUCAGCAUAGUCCUGCCCCUCCGGAUGGCUGAUGAACAACUGCUUAUUGGGGAUGAUGCUGUACAUGGUGAGGAGGCAUAUGCUAUCUGGGCGGACGGAGAGCUCAGUGACAUAACCCACUAUGAUGAGAGCACACAUAAUGGCGUUGCUGUAGGAGUGACACAGAAUAUCUGAACAGUAUUCAGGAGGAAAAAAACUGAAGUGCAUUUGUAUAGUAUCAGUUGAUGGAGCAGAAACACCAACAAACAAACAAAAGUUUAUCG